AUGUUUGAAGGAGUAGCACCAGAGCAAUUCCACCCUUUCAUCUUGGCUACUACUAGUAAUCCUUCAACCACCACAACAACACUUCACCCUCCACCUCCUCCUCCUCCUCCUCCUCCUCCUUCUUCUCUUUCUCCAUCGCCCCAUCUCCCUCUCCAUCUCUCCUUCGCUUCUCCUCAUCCUUCUUCUCCAUCGCCUUCACCAGCUGCUGUCUUCCCCAUCGGCUUUGACCCUUACCAACUCCCGCACCCGCCCAACUUCUUCCACCCACUGAAUCAUACUGCCAACAGUACCAGAAGCAAUGUCAAGAACCACCAUGAAGACAGAGAGCUAAUGCCAACUUUUGUGAUCCCACAUCACCACCACCACCACCAGCAGCAGCAGCAGCAGAAGAUAAUUACGGAGCAUCCCCAAGCUUGGUCUAAUGAAGAAGUUCUUGCCCUUUUGAGGAUCAGGUCAACCAUGGAGUUGAACUGGUUUCCACCUGAGUUCACUUGGGAGCAUGUUUCAAGGAAGCUAUCAGAGGUUGGGUUCAAGAGAAGCCCCGAGAAAUGCAGAGAGAAAUUUGAAGAAGAAACCAGAUUCCUCAAUUCCAUCCACGGCACCAAUAAUCAUAGUUACUUCCCUAAUCAUGAUGAAAAUGGCUGCAUCAAUCAACAGCAGCAGAACAAGUAUGCCCAUGAUAAUGCUGAAGUCGAACACGAAUCAAAACCAGGCACCGCACCAAUAGCAGGAAAUCAAGCAGAAAAUGAGCAUCAAGAUCGACCCACUGUGGAAAGCAACGAGGAUGACACAGAAGAAGAAGAAGAAGGAGAGGAUUAUGCAGCUCCAUCGGCGGCCUCAAACGGAAACCAGAAGAGGAAAAGGAGACAAGAGGAGGAAGAAGAAGAAGAGGAGGAGAAAUUCGAGAUGUUCAAAGGUUUGUGCCAGGAGAUGGUGGACAAGAUGAUGGCUCAGCAGGAAGAGAUGCAGAACAAGCUGAUAGAGGACAUGGUGAGAAGGGACCGAGAGAAGCUCGCCCGCGAAGAGGCCUGGAAGCAGCGGGAGAUGGAUCGAAUCAACCACGAGCUCCAGCUCCGGGCCGACCAGCAAGCCCUGGCCGGCGACCGCCAAGCCUCCAUCAUCAAGUUCCUCGAGAAUUUCACCACCACCACCGCCGCCCUCACUAACGCUGUGACUAAUUCUGCUCCGCCGCCGCCGCUGGGGAUGAUUGACUACCAGAUCCAAAUUGCCACCGCCGGCGACAAGGACGGCAAUAGUAAUCGGAAUUCCACCUCGUCGUCCUCGUCGGCUGCAAACCCUAACAACAAUUCGUCCGCCGACGAACUUUCCCAAUUAGAGCCCGGCGCAGUGACUGGCGUCGGUAGCAAAAGCAUUCCCCCAAAUUCAUCUCGAAACCCUAGAAAAUCCGGCGAAUCGGAGGAGAAUCGAGGGAGAAGCUCGGUGAAGGAGGAGGUCGGGAAGAGGUGGCCGAGAGACGAGGUUCUGGCGCUGAUAAAUCUGAGAUGCGGAAUCCACAACCACAACAACACGGAAGGUGAAGGAACGCCGACGGCGGCUGCGGGGAGUAAUAGUAAGGCGCCGCUUUGGGAGAGGAUUUCGCGGGGGAUGGCGGAAUUGGGCUACAGGAGAAGCGCCAAGAGGUGCAAGGAGAAGUGGGAGAACAUAAACAAGUAUUUCAGGAAGACGAAAGAUUUGAACAAGAAGAGGUCCGCCGAUUCAAGGACGUGCCCGUACUUUCACCAACUGAGCACCUUGUACGGCGCCGCGGCGGCGGCGGCGGCGGUGCCGAAGCCGUCGGCAUCGGAGGAGGAGGAACAGGUGGUGGAGGGGACGAAGGAAGGAACGGAUAGUGAGAAUAAUAUUAAUACUAGUAUUGCGGCGAGUGAUGGUACUUCAGCAGCGGCGGAGAUUGUUGCUCCGGCGGCGGCUGCUGCUGCUUCUUUUGGUUAUGAGUUUUAG